AUGACUGUCGAUAGCGUUAAGUUCUGCCAAACAGAGGGUAAAAUGCACCAGCCCUGGUAUGUCCCAGCCAAUUACAUAGAGGGCGCUCUCAUCAAUGAACAAGGGUAUCCAUUCGAGAGGCACGACGUGGUCACCAGGGAUGGUUACAUCAUCGAGAUGCACCGCAUUCCACGGGGUCGAACGCCCUGCCCGGAACCCUGCCAGCGGGAACCCAUCUUCCUAAUGACCGCAUUGCUCACCGCCUCGUCGAGCUGGGUUCUCGACUUCCCUACGCAAUCUUUGGGAUACGUCUUGGCCGACAACAAAUACGACGUCUGGUUAGGCAACCUGCGAGGAAACACCUACGGCAAACGACACAAAAGAUACAGCCCCAGGUCGAGACGGUUCUGGAACUUUUCGUUUCACGAACAUGCCGUGUACGAUGCUCCAGCUCAAAUCGACUACAUCCUGAACGUGACGAAGAGGAAGAGUCUUCUCUACGUCGGCUUGUCUCAGGGCGCCCUCAUGUUCUUCACGAUGAUGUCCGAGAAGCCAGAGUACAACGACAAGGUCAAAGCCUUCGCGGGGUUGGCGCCCUUUAACAAGCUGGCCCACAUGGUCGUGCCGCCAGUGGCAUUCAUUGCCCCACUCGCGGAACCAUUGCUGCGCUUCGCCGAUUUGCUGGGAUAUUACGAGGUGCUGCCCCAGAAUUCCCUCGCCCUGCCCAUCGCCCGCAUAUUUUGCUCACUCCCUAGAAACAGAGCCCUCUGUUCCUUCCUUGGGGACAACUUUGCGAACCUUGGAAGCAGGUACAUUAACGAAACGCGGGUACCACUGUAUCUCUGCCACACUCCCGCUGGGACUUCGAUGAAGAACGUCAUCCACUUUGACCAGUUGGUGAAGUCGAAGAAGGCACAAAAGUUCGACUACGGAAAAGUUAUUAAUCGAGAGUAUUACGGCCAGCGGAGACCUCCGCUUUACAAGAUAGCCAACGUCAAGACAGACGUCGGAAUCUUCUGGAGCAAGGGAGACCAGUUCGUACCUCCGGCGAAUGUGAAGAUGCUCCUCCGCGAGCUCGGGUCCCGCGUCAAAAAGAACCACUACAUCGACGACGAAUACUACACGCACCUCAGCUUCGCCAUUGCACUCGUCAACCCAAAGUACCUGUAUCCCGACUUGCUCGAGUUUUUGGAACGGUACAGGGGGCCCUGA